AUGGGUGCUUGCGGGAAGAUUCGGUUUGGUGAAUCAGAAGCCGAACAGAAGGAAGCCCUAGAAUUCGUUGAGGCCAUGGAACGAUCUGGUCCUAAAAAGUCUAGAAAGGGCGAUGAAGCCGACGCCGAAAAUUUCUUCGACGCUAUGAGAGAGGCCACCAAGGAGACAACCCCUACUGAAGCGCGACGCGAGGCCCGUCAACUGAGUGAAUCCAUCUUCAGCUCGUGGAAGCAAUUGAGUACCAUCCUCGACAAACGCGAAGAGGUGCGGCAGAAAAGAUGGACUAAGAAGACCAAGAAUCAGCGAGCCCAGAUCUUGCUGGCAGCUUGGCCAUGCAUAGGAGGCAGUGGCACUGUGAUGCCCGUAUCACAUCGCCCUGACAUGAAGCUUAUCCUCCAACCAAAUGCGCGAAAGACCAAAGCCAGCUUCAUGUGGCCAUACAUCAACCUAGAGGAUCUGUCGGAUAACAAAUUUCUGCCCCUGAUGCUCAGCUCCCGUGGACGCAAUCUACCUGAAGCUUUCGCUCACGCCGACCUCGAAGCCCUCCAUGCCGGGAUCACCAUUCGCAUUGUUCAUCGAACUCGUCUGAAAAAUCAUACAAUGUACUUGGCACGGCAAACUUCUCCGGAAACUUACGGCCAGCUUGUCUCAUGGGACGACAAUGAUCAGGCAUUCGAUUUGAUGCAUAAUCAAAUCCAGUUCUCGCCCGGCGAUGGUCUACUGGUAUUGGAUGUAUAG